AGGAAGUGUAGGACGCGUCGAAUAAUGCCUACACUGAGCUGUAUUUGUGUUUGGACUUUACUUACUCGAAUUAUGGACAUAGUCAAGUCACUUUCGCGUGGACAAAACGUAACCGUUUAAAAAUAUUUAAACGCUAAUUUACAAUUCCUGAUGUUAUGUCGACAGUUUGGAGGGGAGCGUUAACAGUGGCGACUAACCGAGUGUGUUCACAUAGCGGCGCAGUGCUAAAGCUAGUUGUUACCACCCUGAAAUAUUAUACAAUACAAACUUUUUUAUAUAUAUAAAGGAUCUUUCUGAUUAGAAAAUAUGGUUACCACAGUCUUGGGAGUCGGCACAGGGGUUUUUGUCGUUGCUGCAGUUUGGAUUGUGGCUCUGAUACUUUGGAUGAUCCUUCUUCGAGCAUCUGGAUCAUUAAAGCUGGGAGUUAUCCCCGUUUUCCUCUUGGCUCUCACCAUCACCUUGGCACUGGUGUUUUUCCCUCGGACUCCAGAGACCCGACCUCCUUUCAAAGAGAUAGAGAUAGUGGACGGUCUGUUCAUCGCUCGCUACGUGCUGCUGGCUUUAGUAAGUGUUAUCUUUCUCAUGGCGUUGUUCAUGCUGCUCCCCUUUCAUUUUCUGGAGCCCGUCUACGCUAAAGCUUUGAGAACACACUAAAGUUGGCACUUGAUCAAAUCCGUGAUGUAAACAACCUCGAAGAGGAACCAGCAGGAGGCCCACAAUCAGAGACUUUCCCAUGGUCUACUUUUGGUGUGCCUUACAUCAUUAGGUUUGAUUUUAAACCACCUUCAUUAAAUGGCUCAAAGUAUCACAUUUAUCACAUCAAUAAAUAAAUGUAUGUCUUUAAAACAGACAUUUCUUUAUGGAUCCAUUUGUGUUUGAGUUGGUUUUAUUGGUAAAAUUAUUAUUAAUUUUUGUAAUUAUUUGUAUACAGGUCACUGAUGUUUAAAACAAAUAAAUGGGUGCAAUUGUGAAUAAAUGUUUUGUACAUUAAUUAUUCGGUUAUUAUUAUUUUUUUAAAUCCAACAUGACACUGAAAAUGAGACACAUGAAAUGUGAGGCUCACAACUAAUCCAACUAAAUAAACACCAGCACAGCUACUAUUUCAAAUGGUCACUAUUUAUUUAUAUAAUAGUGCUGUCAUCCUUUUUAUUAAUUCCAGUAAAUUAAGUUGUGUGCAUAUUAAAAAAUAAGGGGAAAAAAACAAAACAAAAAAAGGAAAAAAAGAAGACCCCUGUAUUUUGACACAAUUGCAAUUUUAUUAUCAGAUUGUUGUCCAGGAUUUUUUUUUUUAAAUGUUUUACUUGAAAGCACUUUAUUUAUUUGCUAGAACUUGGUAACAGUUGAUUUAUAUUAUGUUGCUCCCAUUCACAGUUAAAAUGGUAUAACUAAUAAACAUGUAAUAAUUUGUUCUACAUGGAGUGCCCGGAACUUUAAAUACGCAGAUGUAGUUUCCGCACGGCCACUGGAAUAGAGCGCACAUUAGAACGGAGGUGUGUGGGUGAUUUGUCUGGCGGCGAACAGUGGAGAGUAUUUAUUUUUUGAGUUAUUGCACAAAUGUUAAAAGUGCAAUUGCAAUGUUGAUGAUGUGCACUUAUUAUAAACAAGAAUGACGGUUAUGGAGAAAAAAUCUUUCUUGUUUUUCAACUAUUUACCCUAAAUUACACUUUGAGGCUAAAGAGUGUGUUUUAGCCGUUUAAUUGAACAAACUAUUCCAGAGAUUCUCAAUCUGUAGUACGUGUACCACUAGUGGUACGUGGGCUCUAUCUAGUGGUACGCGAAAAAUUUGAUUAAUUAUUUAAGUACACUGUUUUAUUUUCCUAUAUUUAAAGACACUGUUACUGUCCAACCUGUGUGUAAUGUUACAGUGUCACUGUUCAAUAAAACCUCUGUCUUGUUUUUAAUGUGAAGUGAAGUGAAUUAUAUUUAUAUAGCGGUUUUCUCUAGUGACUCAAAGCGCUUUUACAUAGUGAAACCCAAUAUCUAAGUUACAUUUAAACCGGUGUGGGUGGCACUGGGAGCAGGUGGGUACAGUGUCUUGCCCAAGGACACAACGGCAGUGACUAGGAUGGCGGAAGCAGGGAUCGAACCUGGAACCGGCCACUCUACCAACCGAGCUAUACCGUCCCAUGGAUAUUUAGGUCUAGUGUCUACUACACUACUGUAAUUUAAUAUUGGUCAUUAUGGUGGUACUUGGGGAGCCAAGUGUUUUCUAAGCUGGUACUUGGUGAAAUAAGUUUGAGAACCACUGAACAAUUCCAUAGAUUACUCAACACCUGAAGCCCUAGAAGGAGUAUCUAGAUUUAUAUUAUUUCUGUCGGGGAAAAAAGCCAACACAUUUUGGCCAAUCAGCGUUUUUGCCGAUCACAUUUGUCUCUGAUGGCCGUUUAAACGCACACGCCACACUUAUGUUUGUUUCUGGUGUAGACAAAGCCAAACCACACGUUGAUAACAAUAUAUGAACUCUUUAUUGC